AGAUUGUUAGAUGAACUUAUCUGCUUACUAAAGCCGUUCUAUGAAGCUAUCACUAUAUUUUCUGGCUCAACCUAUCCUACACUGAAUCUUAUUUAUCCCAUAAUGAGAUUGUUUAUUAAAAAGUUUGCACUCUCAGAUGAACAAACUAAAGAUGAUUAUGCCGAUUUAUUGUUUGAACCUAGGGAACAAAUAAAUGAUAAUCAAAGUCAGUUAAUUACUAAUGAUGAAAAUUCUGAUAAAUUUAAUGAUGAAAUAGCUGUUGAUACUGAAGGGUUAUAUGAUCUGGUCAAGACAGCAAGUUAUCUUUCUCUCCAAGAGUAUUGGGAAGUUUUAGAGGAAACUGGGCUUAUUGCGUUUGCUGAGUCAUCUAGUAUGUUAGCUUCUAAUCCUGCAAUAACUAAUGACUUAGUUUCAGACUUGUAUAAUAAUGAAGAAUCGGAUAAUACUUAUGAAGAGACUGAGGUUGAUUGUUAUCUUCACGAACCUAUUCAAAAAAGA